UCCGCCCAAAGUGACUCGGAUUUAUUUAAAAAGUUGUAUUGUUGAGUUUCUACAACGUAUGAACGUUAUGUGUGUGAUUUUCUACCUAUUUUUUAUGUCUAAGAAGCAAAUCAUUGCAAGUAGCUUUUUAGUCCCAUUGUAGUUGUUUAAUAAAUUAAAGAAGUGAGAAACUAGCUAAGUAUCAGAAUUAAAAUGGAUGUUUAUUGCCGCAAGACUGUGAUCAAAAUAGAAGAAGAAAAUGAGGAUACGAAAAAACAAUUUACCGGAGCCUUAGUGAAUAAAACAAAACCGAAUAACAUUAAAAAAUCAUACAAGAGUUGUUCGACGACCUACAACAAUCCUCAAAAAAAAAUUGACGCAGAUGCAUAUAGUGUCGGAGAACCGUACAACAAAACAAUGUUCAACGUCGAAGUGGACCUAGUGAAUGGACAUUAUUUUGAGUCGACGAUUGAAGUUGAAAAAAAUAGUUUUUUAGAUGUGCAAACAACAAACUACGAUUUGGACAAUUUGGACAAGAUACAGUCAUUUAUCUGCGAUAUAUGCCAAAAGUCAUUUUCUACAAGAAAGAGAGUUUCCCGGCACAUUACACAUUCACACAGUGCACACUUAUCAACCCAGAAAAGCACUAAAAAACAAUUCGUCAAAAACACUUUUAUUGGUGUCAAUCGUAUGAGAAAUGAAGACCAUAAAAAACCUGCUGGUUGUUAUUUCGAAUCUGGGAUUGGAACAGAUAACAAUAAACAAACAGUACCGAAUAGUAGCAAUGAAGAUAUAACAAAACGGUCAUUAUUCCAGUGUAAUUUAUGUCAAAUGUCGUAUAACACUAAAAAGCAAAUAUCUUUACAUAUCAUGAAAUACCACAAAAGUUCGACGAACAAACACUCUCCUCGAAAACCAAACACUGAAAUUCCCAAUAAGUUUUCUGCAGGAAGCACAAACAUCAACCGUCCUUACAAAUGUGCGGUGUGCCUAAAAUCGUUUUUUCAAAAUUCCCACCUCACAGUACACCAACGCGUGCACACUGGCGAGAAGCGUUAUAAAUGCGAUAUAUGCUUAAAGUCAUAUUCGUCUAAAGCCUACCUAGAAGUACACGAACGUGUGCACACUGGUGAAAAACCUUAUAAAUGUAAUCUGUGUUUAAAGUCAUUUUCUGUAAGAUGCGCUCUUACGGUACACACACGCGUGCACACUGGGGAAAAGCCCUACAAGUGUGACGUGUGUACAAAAUUAUUUAACCAAAAAGGCCACUUUGAAGAACACAAACGCGUGCACACUGGAGAGAAACCCUACAAAUGUAAUGUGUGUUUAAUGACAUUUUCUGUAAAAGCCACUCUCUCAAAGCACAAACGCGUGCACACUGGAGAAAGGCCAUACAAAUGCCACGUGUGUCUAAAUUCAUUUUCUCGAAAAGCUCACCUAACAAACCACGAACGCCAGCAUACUGGGGUAAAGCCCUAUAAAUGUGGCGUGUGCCUUAAGUCGUUUUCUAAUAAAGAUCUCCUAAAACUACACUUACGCGUGCAUACUGGCGAAAAACCUUAUAAAUGCGUUGUGUGCUUAAAGUCGUUUACUCAAAACGCCCACCUUAAAACACACGAACGUUUGCACACAGGAGAAAAGCCCUACAAAUGCGAUGUGUGCUUAAAAUUAUUUUCUGAUAAAUCUGCUCUCACACAUCACAAACGCGUCCAUACAGGUGAAAAACCCUACAAUUGCGAUGUGUGUUCAAAAUCAUGUUCCCAAAAACAUGACCUCGCAAGACACAAACGAUUGCACACUGGAGAAAAACCCCACAAAUGUAACGUGUGCCUAAAGUCAUUCACAGUAAAAUCCUCUCUUACACAACACAAACGCGUGCACACUGGAGAAAAGCCUUACCAAUGUAACUUGUGCCUUAAGUCAUUCACUGUAUCAUCUAGCCUCAAAAAACACAAAUGCCAAUAAAAACAAGCUUGAGAACUUCGGUCAGUAGUUUUAAUAAAACCUAAACAAUUAUUAGUUUAAAUGUAAUAUAAAUUCGACUUUACCCUGU